AUGAGUACGCAGACUGAAGCCAUCGCCCUGGUGAUAGAGGUGACCAAGUCGGUUAACUUCCUGACCCAGCCGGCGAAAGCUAUUCCUUCUCCAUUUGCUGCUUUCGUGGAGACUCAUCAGCUUCUUGCUAGCAAUGAACCUUUUUUCCAUGUGGCCGCUUACCUCCAGCAGAUUGCUGACGAGGAGGCCCAGGAGGAGCACGAGGGUGAAGCUCCUGUGAAGAAGGCUGUUUCGGUGACUACGGAUUCAGACACUCUUUUCCAGAACCUACCUUACUUGUCUGCAUCUGCUUUCAAGACCAGCCCAUCGGUUGUCCAUGUGGAAGUCAAGAACACAGAUUUCGCCAUUGCUGCUGCUUUGACCGACUUGUCGUUCCCUGUGUUUGUUUCACAUGGUGUUGCUCAUGCCCAUAAUGUGUCCCAGGCUGCUUACGCUGCUGCGUUUGCUGAAAAGAAGUUGGUUUUCCACUUGUACCUGCCACUUGGUGCUGCUACAGAGAAUGUCAAGGCCAAGACCGAGAUCGCUACCAACUUGUCUUCGGUCGCUGAGGCUGCUUCGUUUUAUGAAGUCUCUGCAUUCACCGCUUUGAAUAAGCUGUCUAAGGCUAAGGAUGCUAUUGUCGUCUUGGGUCUGCCAUCUGACCAGUUUGUCUCUGCUGCUUCCCUGGAGCAUGCUCUCAUAUACCGUGUUGAUCUUUACCAACCGUUCGACUUGAAGGCUCUUCUUUCAGCUAUCCCAGCUGGUGUUGAGACCCUUACGUUGGUUGAGCAGACUCAGAGAUCCUCCUCUUUUUCUGCUUUGCUUUUAGACUUUUUCAAAAACUACUCAGCUUUGCAAUACUUGAAAAACUUCACAAAGGUUGUUGGUGCCAAACUUGGAAGUUUCACAGCUAAGAAUGCUGCUGAGGUUGUUGGUGAUCUUUUGAAGAACACCAGAUCUGACGCUCCAAAACAAAACUUGCUUUUUGGCAACGCCUCUACAUCUACUGAAGAAGAUGUCGUUGAACAACAACAAGAGGAAGGCGUCAAGAAGGUUUAUGCCUUGGAACAGGCCUACCUUAAGGUCUUGUCUCAGGUCAACGACAAGUCCCACAUCUGGAACGACUUCUCCGCUCCAACCGUUGGCGGCUCCACUAACCCAGAGUUUGGUUUCGGCUCUUUCUUGCAUUAUGAAGAACAACAAUCUGCAUUAAUCAACAUUGUCUCCACUGCCAUUCAAAAGAACACUUUCGCUUCCUUGGACAACGAGAAGCUCAUUGAGCUUUUAACUCUGUGGUUGGUUCUUGUCAAAUCUAACAAGCCAUUUGAACUGACCCAGGAAGUUCUUAAGCUUUUGCUGACUGACACUUCUGGCACUUCCCAGCAGAUUCUUAAUCUUAAAGACUUUUUCGAGAUCAGACCAAACUGGUUGGUUGGUUCUGAUGCUUGGUCUUACGAUUUGGGCUCUUCUGGUGUCCACAGCGUCAUUUCUUCUGGCAAGAACGUUAACAUGUUGGUCAUUGACUCUGAGCCUUACUCCAACAAGAAGUUGGACAUUGUCCGUAAGAAGGAUAUUGGUUUGUACGCCAUGAACUACGGUAACUGUUACGUUGCUUCUAUCGCUAUUUAUUCUUCCUACACUCAGGUGUUGCAGGCUUUCCUCGAAGCUGAGAAGUUCGAUGGUCCAUCUAUCGUUUUGGCUUACUUGCCUUAUGAAUCAGAGAACGCUGACAUUUUGAGCAUCUUGAAGGAAACUAAGCUCGCUGUCGAUUCUGGUUACUGGCCAUUGUACAGAUACGAUCCAUCUAUUGAGAAGGAUGAUGACAGAUUCAAGCUUGACUCGUCUUCUUUGAGAAACCAGUUGAGAGACUUCUUGGACAGAGAGAACAAGUUGACUCUUUUGGCCAAGAAGAACCCACAGCUCCUGAGAAACUUGUCUGCCUCAGCUAACAGUGAAGCCAAGAAGCAGCAGCUUCGCGUUGAGGACGAGUCUUUCAAGCAGUUGUUGCAAGGUUUGUCUGGUCCUCCAUUGACCGUGGCUUUUGCCUCCGAUGGUGGUAACGCCGAGGCUAUUUCCAAGAAGAUUAACAGACAAGCUUUGGCUAGAGGGUUGAAGUCGACUGUCUUGUCCAUGGACGAUGUUUCCGUCGAAGACUUGCCUCUUGAAACCAAUAUUAUUUUCGUUUCUUCCACUGCUGGUCAGGGUGAGUUCCCAAACAACGGUAAGGCAUUCUGGGAUGGUUUGAAGCUGGCUCAAGACUUGGACUUGACUUCCAUUAGAUUCUCUGUCUUUGGUUUGGGUGACUCCAAGUACUGGCCAAGAAAGGAGGACAAGCACUACUACAACAAGCCAGGUCAGGACUUGUACCUCAAGUUGAAGCACUAUGGUGCUGUUGAGCUCGCCGAGUUGGGUCUUGGUGAUGACCAGGAUCCAGAUGGAUUCAACACUGGAUACGAAGAAUGGUUGCCAAAGAUCUGGAAGGCCUUGGGUGUUGACGGUGUCGAGGGUGUUGAAGAACCAAAGCCUUUGACUAACGAAGACAUGAAGAUUGGUUCCGACUACUUGAGAGGUACCAUCGCCGAGGGCCUCCGUGACGACAGUACUGGUGCUAUUUGUGCUGUUGACCAGCAGUUGACCAAGUUCCAUGGUAUCUACAUGCAAGAUGACCGUGAUAUCAGAGACGAGAGAAAACUGCAAGGUAUGGAGCCAGCCUACUCCUUCAUGGUCCGUCUUAGAUUGCCAGGUGGUGCUGCUGACCCAGGUCAGUACUUGAAGUUAGACGAGCUUGCUGAUGAGAGAGGUAACGGUACUUUGAAGAUCACCACCAGAGCUACCUUCCAGUUGCACGGUGUUGUCAAGCACGACUUGAAGCCAGCCAUCAGAGGUAUGAACUCUGCUCUCUUGGACACUUUGGCUGCCUGUGGUGAUGUCAACAGAAACGUCAUGGUUUCUGCUCUUCCAGGUAAUGCCAAGGUUCACAGACAGGUUGCCCAAGCUGGUUCUGAGAUCUCUGAGCACUUGUUGCCUUCUACCACUGCCUACCACGAGAUUUGGUUGGAGGGUCCAGACGAUGGUGACAAGGCUGGCUACAAGGAGGCCUGGGAGAACAAGAAGGGUGGUCCAAAGUUGAAGAAGACCAUGGUUGCUGGUAACGCCUUGGUUGACCACGAACCACUUUACGGUCCAACUUACUUGCCUAGAAAGUUCAAGAUUGUCAUCACUGUCCCACCUUACAACGAUGUUGAUGUCUAUGCUCACGAUAUUGGUUUGAUUGCCAUUGUUGAGAAUGAUGAGGUUAUUGGUUUCAACCUUCUCGCUGGUGGUGGUAUGGGUUCUACCCAUAACAACGUCAAGACUUACCCAAGAACUGGUUCUAUGUUCGGUUUCGUUCCAAGAGACAAGAUCAACCAGGCUUGUGAGAAUGUCAUGUUGGUCCAGAGAGAUUUCGGUGACAGAACUAACAGAAAGCACGCCAGAUUGAAGUACACCAUCGAUGACAUUGGAGUUGAAGAGUUCAAGGCUAAGGUCGAAGAGUACUGGGGUGACAAGUUCGAGGAGCCUAAACAGUUUGAGAUCAAGAGUAACAUUGACUACUUCGGUUGGGUCAAGGACGAAGAGGGAUACAACCACUUCACUGCCUUCGUUGAGAACGGUAGAAUUGAGGAUACCCCUGAGUUGCCACAGAAGACCGGUUUGAAGACCAUUGCCAAGUGGUUGCUUGACAACAAGAAGUCUGGUGAAUUCAGAUUGACCGGUAACCAGCAUAUUGUUCUUUCUAGAAUUGCCGACGAGGACUUGCAAACCAUCAAGGACUUGCUUGCCAAGUACAGCUUGGACAACACUGACUUCUCUGGUUUGAGAUUGUCUUCCUCUUCUUGUGUUGCUUUGCCAACAUGUGGUUUGGCCAUGGCUGAGUCUGAACGUUACUUGCCUGAGCUUAUUGGUAAGUUGGAGACUGCCCUUGAGGACUACGGUUUGAGACACGACUCUGUUGUCAUGAGAAUGACUGGUUGUCCUAACGGUUGUGCUAGACCAUGGUUAGCUGAGGUUGCUCUUGUUGGUAAGGCUAUGGGUGCCUACAACUUGAUGUUGGGAGGUGGCCACCACGGUCAGAGAUUGAACAAGAUCUACAGAUACUCGAUCAAGGAGGACGAGAUCAUGGACAUCUUGUUGCCAUUGUUCAAGAAGUGGUCGUUGGAGAGACAAGACAACGAGCCAUUUGGUGACUACUGUAUUAGAACGGGAGUUAUUGCGGAGACCACAGAAGGUAAAUACUUCCACGAGAACAUCCCCGAGGAAGCCUAG